CAUUUAAUACGAGAGAAAAGGAAUGAGUGAAUGACAGUUUAUAGUUCACUCUCAGUCCUCUGCUUUUUAACCAGAGACACAACAUGUUAGAGAAACUGAGGAGUCAGAGAAAUAUGGAUCCCUGAGCUACAGAGAGGAGUAUGAAGUAUUCAUUCACUCAAAUCUUUCAUGUUGUGAAACAUGGAGCAGCUUUUAACCCAGGCCUCUUUAAGACCAGGAAACCAAGUGGACUGUAUCAGUGCUGCUCCUCUUCCUGGAAUGAAUCCUCGAUUGAUCAGCUCUCCCUCUUCCUGCUCUCAAACACACCCAGCUGCUCUCUGUCUCUCGUUCUUUCUGGUUCCCUCCCCUUCAGAUCUACACUCUGAGGAUGGGUGUAACCAACCAGAGCUGCACAUUCUCUGCACAGACACAUGUUUUGUAGAUCAGAGGUGAACUAGUCUCAGCUAUGAGGAAGUGAAUCUCACACUGCAUGAAGUGUGUUCAGAGCCACUGGGAUACAAAGGAUGAGAAGAGAGAGUACAGCUGCCCUCAGUGCAGACAGGUCUUUACACCGAGGCCUGACCUGAGGAAAAACACCAUGUUAGCAGAUUUAAUGGAGGAGCUGAAGAAGCAACAUAAAGGUCACGACACAGUCCCAGCUGCAGCAGAAAGGAGCGAGAGGCAGAGAGAGCUGGAGGUGAGUCAACAAAACAUCCAGCAGAGAAUCCAGGACAGAGAGAAAGAUGUGAAGCUGCUCCAACAGGAGGUGGAGGCUAUCAAUGGCUCCGCUGAUAAAACAGUGGGGAACAGUGAGAAGAUGUUCACUGAGCUGAUCCGUCUCAUGGAGAAAAGACGCUCUGAUGUGAAGCAGCAGGUCAGAUCCCAGCAGCAAACUGAAGUGAGUCGAGUCAGAGAGCUUCAGGAGAAGCUGGAGCAGGAGAUCACUGAGCUGAAGAGGAGAGACGCUGAGAUGAAGAAGCUGUCACACACACAGGAUCACAACCAGUUUCUACACGACUACCCCUCACUGUCACCACUCAGUGAAUCUACACACUCAUCCAGCAUCAAGAUCCGUCCUCUGAGGUACUUUGAGGACGUGACAGCGGCUGUGUCAGAAGUCAGAGAUAAACUACAGGACGUCCUGAGAGAGAAAUGGACAAACAUCUCACAGACAGUGACUGAAGUGGAUGUUUUACUGUCAGAACCAGAACCAGAGAACAUGACCAGAGCUGAGUAUUCAUGUAACAUCACACUGGAUCCAAACACAGCACACACACAGCUGUUAUUAUCUGAUGGAGACAGAAAAGUAACAUACAUGAGAGAACAACAGUCUUAUUCUAGUCACCCAGACAGAUGCACUGUUUGGUGUCAGGUCCUGAGUAAAGAGAGUCUGACUGGACGUUGUUACUGGGAGGUGGAGAGGAGAGGAGGAGGAGUUUCUGUAGCAGUCGCAUACAAGAAUAUCAGCAGAGCAGGGAGGGCACUUGAAUGUUUGUUUGGAUGUAAUGACAAAUCUUGGAGGUUAGAUUGUAACAACAACAGUUAUAACUUUUGGUACAACAAUGUCAACACUCCUGUCUCAGGUCCUCAGUCCUCCAGAGUAGGAGUGUACCUGGAUCACAGAGCAGGUAUUCUGUCCUUCUACAGCAUCUCUGAAACCAUGACUCUCCUCCACAGAGUCCAGACCACAUUCACUCAGCCUCUACAUGCUGGACUCAGGCUUUAUAGUCCUGAUGGAUCCACUGCUGAGUUGUGUAAACUGAAGACAGAGGCUUCAAGUCUGUGUUUAAACUCUUAAACUUAGUUAGUCUUCAUGUUUGUAGCUGAGAGCUCAUCGUUGUCCCUCACUGCACACAGAUCACCUGUCAAUCAAACAUUAGGGGCGGGGCUUUGAGGUCUGAAUAUCUGUGGUGGUGUUUUGAGUUGUUUUUAAGGUGGUGCUCCUUCCUGUGUCUGUUUAUCCGUGGAGGCUAUCUCUGCUCAUGAUGACCUUUGUUCACCUGAACAUGUAAACGUGUGUGUGUGCUCGCAGUGUGUGUUGCAUAUUUCUCUCCAAUCAGAUCAAAGAGGAGGAGGGAGAAAUAUGUUGAUGUUUUACAGGGUGACAGAAGAGAUGUGAUGAAAACACUCCAGAGGAGUUUUUAAUGAAAGAGGAAGCAUGGAGUGUGUUCAUGUUUGAUUUCAUAUUUCAGAGUUUUUAAAAAUCACAGAUCAUGAAGUCAAAGAACCCAAAAGUCUUCAGUCUGUUUGGAACUGAGAGAGAUCCAGUCUGACGUCAGGAGAAGAGUCUUCAAACCAACAUGGACCAAUCCAAAGAAGAAAGGUCAUGGUGUUGACGGCUUGACUUGUGAUAAAGACACUUUGUAUGUUUCAGAAUAAGGACACUAACCAACAUCAGAGUGAGCUGAGAGCGUUAUUGUGUGAAAUGUUUGAAUUUCUUGUUUUUGUCUUCAGUCUGAAAUGUUCAAAACUUUUCUUUGUGUUUUGUUCUCGUACGACUUCAACCUCAAGAUGAAAGUCGAGUCUCAGAGUUAAAGUGAGAGGAGGAAGAAGACGAAGAGCACAACUCUUCACUCUGUUUUCAUUCACAUUUAAUCCCUCUGUGUCGUUGAUUUGGACCUUCAAUCAAACUUUGUUUUUGGGCUCAAAUAGAGUUUAAACUUCUCGUCUUUAUUCCAGAUAUUUUGUUCUCAGCACUUUGUGUAAAGAAAUCUAUGAUCAUGGUGACUUUGAUUUGUUUGUCUCAACGCAUGUUGUUUGGGUUCUAAUAAAGUACUAA